AUGGGACAUAAACAGCGAUCUCCAGGAUGGAAUGUAGAAGCUAACGACACCAGAGAAGCUAACGGCACCAGAGAAGCUAACGACACCACAGAAGCUAACGGCACCACAGAAGCUAACAGCACCAGAGAAGCUAACGACACCACAGAAGCUAACGGCACCAGAGAAGCUAACGGCACCACAGAAGCUAACGAGACCAGAGAAGCUAACGGCACCACAGAAGCUAACGAGACCAGAGAAGCUAACGGCACCAGAGAAGCUAACGGCACCACAGAAGCUAACGAGACCAGAGAAGCUAACAGCACCAGAGAAGCUAACGACACCAGAGAAGCUAACGGCACCAGAGAAGCUAACGACACCACAGAAGCUAACGGCACCAGAGAAGCUAACGGCACCAGAGAAGCUAACGGCACCAGAGAAGCUAACGGCACCACAGAAGCUAACGGCACCAGAGAAGCUAACGGCACCAGAGAAGCUAACGGCACCACAGAAGCUAACGAGACCAGAGAAGCUAACGGCACCACAGAAGCUAACGAGACCAGAGAAGCUAACGGCACCACAGAAGCUAACGAGACCAGAGAAGCUAACAGCACCAGAGAAGCUAACGACACCAGAGAAGCUAACGGCACCACAGAAGCUAACGGCACCAGAGAAGCUAACGGCACCACAGAAGCUAACGACACCACAGAAGCUAACGACACCAGAGAAGCUAACGGCACCAGAGAAGCUAACGGCACCAGAGAAGCUAACGGCACCAGAGAAGCUAACGGCACCAGAGAAGCUAACGACACCAGAGAAGAUCAAUAUACCCAGUAUGGGUAGCUCUCCACCCCCACCUGCCCCCCCUAGAGGACAUCUACAGGUCUCCCUGCAACAGCAGAGCCUGCAGGACUGCUGAA